GCUGCCCGGAGUUGCCGGUAAGGCCUCGGCGGCGCCGAGUGGCCAGGGGCGAGAGAAGCCGCCGGGGAGCCUCAGCCAAAGUUGAAGGAACAAAAUGUGAAAGGCCGGUAGAGGACUGUGAAAGAAAAGUUGUCCCCCAGGAUGGACUUCUCGACCGCGCAGCCCAAGCCUGCCCCUGCUCUCUGUGGCGUCGUGAGUGCCGACGGGAAGAUCGCUUACCCUCCGGGGGUAAAGGAGAUCACCGACAAGAUCACCACCGACGAAAUGAUCAAACGACUGAAGAUGGUAGUCAAAACUUUUAUGGAUAUGGAUCAGGAUUCAGAAGAUGAAAAACAGCAGUAUCUCCCACUAGCCUUGCAUCUAGCAUCUGAAUUUUUUCUCAGGAAUCCCAAUAAAGAUGUGCGUCUCCUUGUAGCAUGCUGUUUGGCUGACAUCUUUAGAAUCUAUGCCCCAGAAGCUCCAUAUACUUCCCACGAUAAACUUAAGGACAUAUUUUUGUUUAUUACCAGACAAUUAAAGGGUUUGGAGGAUACAAAGAGCCCGCAGUUUAAUAGAUACUUUUAUUUAUUAGAGAAUUUAGCUUGGGUUAAAUCAUAUAACAUCUGCUUUGAAUUGGAAGAUUGCAAUGAAAUUUUUAUUCAGCUUUUUAGGACUCUCUUCUCAGUGAUCAACAAUAGCCACAAUAAGAAGGUACAAAUGCACAUGCUAGACUUGAUGAGUUCUAUCAUCAUGGAAGGUGAUGGAGUUACUCAAGAAUUAUUGGACUCCAUUCUUAUUAACCUCAUUCCUGCACAUAAGAACUUAAAUAAACAGUCCUUUGACCUCGCAAAAGUCCUAUUGAAAAGGACAGUCCAGACUAUUGAGGCAUGCAUUGCCAAUUUUUUCAAUCAAGUCCUGGUGCUGGGAAGAUCGUCAGUAAGUGAUUUGUCAGAACAUGUAUUUGAUCUGAUUCAGGAACUUUUUGCUAUAGAUCCUCAUUUAUUAUUAUCUGUCAUGCCGCAGCUUGAAUUCAAACUGAAGAGCAAUGAUGGAGAAGAGCGAUUAGCUGUUGUUCGACUUUUAGCUAAAUUGUUUGGUUCUAAAGAUUCCGAUUUGGCAACACAGAAUCGUCCUCUGUGGCAGUGUUUUCUUGGACGAUUCAAUGACAUUCACGUUCCUGUGAGAUUAGAAAGUGUGAAAUUUGCGAGUCACUGUUUAAUGAAUCACCCAGAUUUAGCAAAGGAUCUCACAGAAUACUUGAAAGUUAGAUCACAUGAUCCAGAAGAAGCUAUUCGUCAUGAUGUCAUUGUUACUAUAAUAACAGCUGCCAAAAGAGACCUUGCCUUAGUAAAUGAUCAGCUACUUGGCUUUGUAAGAGAAAGAACACUGGACAAACGGUGGCGAGUAAGAAAAGAAGCUAUGAUGGGUCUGGCUCAGCUUUAUAAGAAAUACUGUCUUCAUGGUGAAGCAGGAAAGGAAGCUGCAGAGAAAGUCAGCUGGAUAAAGGACAAACUUUUGCAUAUAUAUUAUCAGAAUAGCAUCGAUGACAAACUGUUGGUAGAGAAAAUCUUUGCUCAGUAUCUUGUCCCCCACAACCUGGAAACAGAAGAGAGAAUGAAAUGCUUGUAUUAUUUAUAUGCUAGUUUGGAUCCAAAUGCUGUCAAAGCUCUGAAUGAAAUGUGGAAGUGUCAGAACAUGCUUAGAAGUCAUGUACGAGAACUAUUGGAUUUGCACAAGCAGCCUACGUCUGAGGCUAACUCUUCUGCCAUGUUUGGAAAACUGAUGACCAUAGCAAAGAAUUUGCCUGACCCUGGGAAAGCACAAGAUUUUGUGAAGAAAUUUAACCAAGUCCUCGGUGAUGAUGAAAAACUGCGGUCUCAGUUGGAGUUGUUAAUCAGUCCAACCUGUUCGUGCAAACAGGCAGAUGUUUGUGUGAGAGAAAUAGCCCGGAAACUUGCAAAUCCUAAGCAGCCAACCAAUCCUUUUCUAGAAAUGGUCAAAUUUCUGUUGGAAAGAAUUGCACCUGUGCACAUUGAUUCAGAAGCCAUCAGUGCACUGGUAAAACUAAUGAAUAAAUCAAUAGAGGGGACAGCAGAUGAUGAAGAGGAGGGUGUAAGUCCAGAUACAGCUAUUCGUUCAGGACUUGAACUUCUUAAGGUUCUGUCUUUCACACAUCCUACCUCGUUCCACUCUGCAGAGACAUAUGAGUCCCUGUUACAGUGCCUCAGAAUGGAAGAUGACAAGGUAGCAGAAGCUGCUAUACAAAUUUUUAGAAAUACAGGCCACAAAAUAGAAACAGACCUACCCCAGAUACGAUCGACCUUAAUUCCCAUCUUACAUCAGAAAGCAAAGAGAGGUACUCCCCACCAAGCAAAACAGGCCGUUCACUGUAUACAUGCCAUAUUCACAAAUAAAGAAGUACAGCUUGCACAGAUUUUUGAGCCACUCAGUAGGAGUCUCAAUGCUGAUGUACCAGAACAACUUAUAACUCCGUUAGUUUCAUUGGGCCACAUAUCUAUGUUAGCACCAGAUCAAUUUGCUUCCCCAAUGAAAUCUGUAGUAGCAAAUUUUAUUGUGAAAGAUCUGCUAAUGAAUGACAGGUCAACAGGUGAGAAGAAUGGGAAAUUAUGGUCUCCAGAUGAAGAGGUUUCCCCUGAAGUACUAGCAAAGGUACAGGCAAUUAAACUUCUGGUAAGGUGGCUGUUGGGUAUGAAAAACAACCAGUCUAAAUCUGCCAAUUCAACUCUUCGGUUAUUAUCAGCGAUGUUGGUUAGUGAGGGUGACCUGACAGAGCAAAAGAAGAUCAGUAAAUCUGAUAUGUCUCGCUUGCGAUUAGCUGCUGGUAGUGCCAUAAUGAAGCUUGCUCAGGAACCUUGUUACCAUGAAAUUAUAACCCCAGAACAGUUUCAGCUCUGUGCGCUUGUUAUUAAUGAUGAGUGCUAUCAAGUAAGGCAGAUAUUUGCUCAGAAGCUACAUAAGGCACUUGUGAAGUUACUCCUCCCAUUGGAGUAUAUGGCGAUCUUUGCCUUGUGUGCCAAAGAUCCUGUGAAGGAGAGAAGAGCACAUGCACGACAGUGUUUACUAAAAAAUAUCAGUAUACGCAGGGAGUACAUUAAACAGAACCCCAUGGCUACUGAGAAAUUAUUAUCGCUGUUGCCUGAGUAUGUAGUUCCAUAUAUGAUUCACCUGCUAGCCCAUGAUCCAGAUUUUACAAGAUCACAAGAUGUUGAUCAACUUCGUGAUAUUAAAGAGUGCCUGUGGUUCAUGCUUGAAGUUUUAAUGACAAAGAAUGAAAAUAACAGCCAUGCCUUUAUGAAAAAGAUGGCAGAGAACAUCAAGCUAACAAAAGAUGCCCAGUCUCCAGAUGAAUCCAAGACAAAUGAAAAACUUUAUACAGUGUGUGAUGUGGCCCUGUGUGUUAUAAAUAGUAAAAGUGCUUUGUGCAAUGCAGAUUCACCAAAGGAUCCGGUCCUUCCAAUGAAAUUUUUUACACAACCUGAAAAGGACUUCUGUAAUGACAAGAGUUAUAUUUCAGAAGAGACAAGAGUACUUCUGUUAACAGGAAAGCCAAAACCUGCUGGAGUACUAGGUGCGGUAAACAAGCCUUUAUCAGCAACGGGAAGGAAACCAUAUGUUAGAAGCACUGGAGCUGAGACUGGAAGCAAUAUUAAUGUAAAUUCAGAGCUGAACCCUUCCACCGGAAAUCGAUCAAGGGAACAGAGUUCAGAGGCAGCAGAAACUGGAGUUAGUGAAAAUGAAGAGAACCCUGUGAGAAUUAUUUCUGUGACACCUGUAAAGAAUAUUGACCCAGUAAAGAAUAAGGAGAUUAAUUCUGAUCAGGCUGCCCAGGGCAACAUCAGCAGUGACCGAGGAAAGAAAAGAACAGUAACAGCAGCUGGUGCAGAGAAUAUCCAACAAAAAGCAGAUGAGAAAGUAGAUGAAUCAGGACCACCUGCCCCUUCAAAACCCAGGAGAGGACGUCGACCCAAGUCUGAAUCUCAGGGCAAUGCAACCAGAAAUGAUGAUAUAAAUAAACCUCUUAGCAAGGGAAGAAAGAGAGCCGCAGUCAAUCAGGAAAGCCCUGGAGGUUUGGAAGCAGGUAAUGCCAAAGCACCCAAACUGCAAGACAUAGCCAAAAAGGCAGCACCAGCAGAGAGACAAAUUGACUUACAAAGGUAAAAAGAAAAUUCAUUUGCAAAGGGAGAAAAUGAAGGCCAAACAGAAGCAGGCUCUAGCUUCUGCAAAAACUUGGAUUCAAAAUGACCCUGAACAGAAAAUGAAGUUAACUUCAAAACACACUUUCUGCCUUGAAAAAUGAAAAAAGCUAUUACUUCCUUUUUUCACUUGACCACAAGUCCUUUGAUGGAAAUGUACAGCAGAAACUCUUGAGAGAGAGGCUGAAAGCAACUCUGUUCUACCCUCCCCCCAGACUUUUCUUAUGAAAAGUCAAUAAUUAAGCAAAUUGCUUAACACUUGGUUCCAGUUCCUGCAUAUCUGGAGUUUAACAGCAUAAUACACCAUUAAUUUCCAUGCUGCAGUCUUUAUUUUAAAGAAAUUAACAGGAUGUCCUUAUACUGACAGUGAGAAUUCAUCAAUUUUAGAGCCAGGAAUUUCCCAUGUUACACAAGAAAAUAAUAGAAGUCUACUGAAUUAAUUUUUUAGAAGAAAAGAAAUCAGAUUAAAUAUUUCUUUGUUUUUCCUUUUGGAAACUUUUAUGUAUAAUUCUUUCUGCCUGCCUACUUUUCUGCAAAAUGAGAUGUACAGAUUUCAGUUCCCUGCUAUGAAAAGUGAUGUGGUGGCAAUUUUAUAGAUGUUGCUUUCUGAUUUUUAUCAGAGUGAGAAAAUAAUUAAAAUUAUUAUUGAUUUCGUAUCACUUCAUAUUUUGAUUUCCCCUCCAUUUUAGUUUAAUAUAAUUUGCAAUAAAUGUACAUAUUGUUGUUUGUUUCAUAAAGCAUAUCAAUUUAAAGUGGUUUUUACUCCUGUGAUUAUGUUGGAAUAUUUGGAAUUUUAAAGGAGUAAAGACUGUCCAGCAUUUGGUUUUAUAAUGUUUGUCACCAGAUUUUUAUUAUUGAUGUAAAAAAAAAAAAAAAAAGCAAUUUUUUUAAAUAGUUGGACUCUGGCAGCUUUGUAAGGACAGUGGGAGGAGUUUAGGAUUGCCAUCAGUUUUCAGCAUUGUGCGAUUGGGAAGUAAGUGCUUUGCUUUUUGUCUGCCAGUCCGCGCUCCGUUUUUAUGUUUAUUUUAGAAAACAACUGUUGCAUCAAUAUAUUGUUUCUUGGCAUUGUUCAGCAUAGGUAAUGUGUGCACUUUUUGUGUACACAUAUUCAUAUUUAAGUUUUUUGCAUAAAAUAAAUGCUUCUAGAUGUCA